AUGACCAGGUCUGCUGGACAGUCCCAAUUAGAGCUUCCUGACCCUGAGAUAGAAAGAACACUCCACGCACGCAAAAGGCUCAACCGAGCUAAUAGCGUGCACUCCGGUAACAUUGAUUCUAACACUAUCUCUGACUCUGAGUCUGACUAUUUCCAUACUUUAUUUAAUUCUGAUUCUGAACUUGAACAUCAAAACAUGGCUGCUGAACAAACAUUGAGGCAGCUUGCUGCUCCUGAUGUUAAUUACAAUGGUUUGUGUAUUGAAUAUGCUGAAGUUGAUGUACCUUUUGAACUAAAAUCUGGUUUAAUACACUUGUUGCCAAGGUUUAAUGGUCUUGCAGGUGAGGACCCGCACAAGCAUCUAAAGGAAUUUCAGGUUGUGUGCUCCACACCAUUGAGGCCCGAAGGUAUCACGGAAGACCACGUCAAGUUGAGAGCCUUUCCAUUCUCGUUACAAGGUGCUGCUAAAGACUGGCUCUACUACCUUGAGCCAAAUUCUGUUUCAACUUGGAAUGAUCUGAAGAAGGUCUUUCUAGAGAGAUACUUUCCCGCUUCUAGAGCAGCAUCAAUCAGAAAAGAAAUAUGCGGGUUGCUACCAAUGGAUCGAAACAUUUUGGAUGCUGCAAGUGGUGGAGCACUUGUUGAUAAAACUCCAGCUGCUGCAAAGGCCUUGAUCGAGAACAUGUCACUCAACUCGCAACAAUUUACAACCAGAAAUAAUUCUGCAAGUGUGAAUGAGAUUCAGUCUUCCUCCAUCAAGGCGCUCGAAACCAAGUUUGAUGCUAGAAUUGAUGAACUCACCACCUUGGUGAAAAAGUUGGCAGUUAGCAAAGCUCAACCAGCAAAAGUAUGUGGCAUUUGUACUUCUUCUGAGCACCCGACUGAUACAUGCCCCAUUCUACAAGAUGAAACAAUAACUGAGCUUCCUCAAGCAUAUGCAGCAGCAGCAGCCCUUUACAAUCAAAACAGGUACAACAAUCCUGACCUCUCCACCAACAAAUAUCACCCUAGUUGGAGGAAUCAUCCAAACCUCCGAUAUGGGAAUCAGUCACAAGCUGCAGCCCCUGCUGCCCCACCAGCCACUUCCUCACUGGAAGACCUUGUCAAGCAACUGGCACAACGAACAGAUGCUAGCAUUCAGAACCUGACAACGCAGAUGGGACAAAUGGCCAAUGCAAUAGGCCAACUACAAGCUCAAGGCUCCGGUAACCUUCCUGCACAAUCAGUUCCGAACCCAAAUGGGAAUGUGAGUGCAAUUACUUUGCGAUCCGGAAGAGUGACCGAACCAGCUCCAGCUCCAGAGAAAAGAAAAAAAACCAGUGCACCAUCAUCUGUUCCUGAACCUUCUGCGACCGCUGAGACCGCUGAGACUGAAAAAUCAUAUGUACCACCAAUCCCUUUUCCUCAAAGGGUGCAGAAAAAUAAAAAGAACAAGGCGGAGGAAGACAAGGAGAUUCUUGAUGUAUUCAGCAAAGUAGCAGUCAAUAUUCCUCUCCUUGAUGUGAUCAAGCAGAUUCCGAAAUAUGCAAAAUUCUUGAAGGAUUUGUGCACAAACAAGAGGAAAGUGAAAGGAAAUGAGAGAGUUAAUCUGGGCCGAAAUGUUUCAGCCCUCAUUGAGUCUAAUGCUGCACUCGAACCUGUGCCUGAGAAAGCUAAUGUUUCAACCCUCAAUCAGGCCAUGCCACAGAAAUGCAAGGAUCCAGGGACUUUUUCAAUUCCAUCAUACAAGUCUUACGAUUCAGCUGGCAAACAGGAGCAAUGCUUGCCCUGUUGGAGUGGUGGAGGAUGUGCUAGUUCAAGUUAA